AUGUCGUCCGAUGACCAUGGCGACUCCUCCACGGCGACGGACUCCUUUACGAUCCCCCUCCGACCGCUCAUCGAAAAGCGCCACCGUCCAGACACGCUCCCCGUCGAGAUCGCCCAAAUCAACGCCCAGUGGGGAACUUUCCGCGGUGUGAACGAAGACCAACUACGGGCCAAGAUCCAGGAGGAAAAGGACAAGGAGGGCUUGGAGGAUGAAGAAGAGGAGGGCGAGAAACCAGCCGGCGAGGUCGAUUCGACUGAACGGUUGGAACAGCUGUACAAGCGUCGUGCGGAGAUCACUCAGUUCGCCCUUCAAGCACAAAUGGAAACCAUGUUCGCUCUCGAUUUCGUCUCCCUUCUCCUCUCGAAACACGCCCCCCGUCAAGCCGAAACCUCCAUGUCGGCUUUCCUCAGGCAAGCCGUGCCUCUUGGAUCCUUGAACUCCGAGAUCGUCAACCCUCCCCCGAAGCCCGAAUCGGCAGCACAAGAUCCAAAGGCGGUCUCACGUGGGUGGAGGUUGCAAAGCUUUGAUUCAGCUGCUAAUAAGCUGCUCAAAUCUGCUUCCCGGUUGGAGACCGAGGUUGCGUCGGAGACCCGGUACUGGAGUGAAGUGUUGGCCGUGAAGGACAAGGGAUGGAAGGUGUGCAGGUUGCCGAGAGAAAGACAAGCUUUGGGCGUGCAAUACGGAUUCCUGGAGGCUACGCCGAUUUUCCGAGACCGUGGCUUGGCAUCUCUUCGACGAGCAGAUGACGGAAGCCUGAUACUGGACAAGGGCCUGGUCCCAUCGAAAUCGCGAAGAGUCCGCGUACGAGUAAAAGCGAAUAAUCGAGUCACCGGGUGUUCGAAGUCGACCAGAUCCACCGCGGACGGCGAGGAAUCCAUCGAAACCCGCAUAUUGCAAGCGCGUGACACGGUAUAUGAAGAAGAGUUAUUCCACGAGCUUGUCCGCGAGGCACGGAUAAUGGGCAGCCAAGGGGUCACUACGCGGCAGAAUUUGAUCCGGUUUGCAGUGUCCGAAGAACAAGAAAUCAUGCUGGACUUGGCAGAUACCGAUCUAGAGUCAUUUUCGGAAGACACGGACAUGAUUGGCUCUCACGAAGAUGAUGUACUUGCUGAUGCCAUCGCCCACGCAACCCGUAUCCUCCUUUCCUACGCCCAUCGUCAGAACCUGCACCGACGCACUCAGCCCCCGCCGCCGUUGUCUCAAAAGCGCCGACAUACACCUGAAUACCAACUCCUACGGCCGAUUCUCGCCUACCUCCAACACCGCUCACAUGUACAAUGGUUGGAGUCGUUCAUCAAGGACAUGUACGGAGUUCUGAAGGCAGCUGGAGUCGAGUGUGAUCAUACUGCCAACUUAUUUUCGCCCGUAAAUGCCCAGCGCAAGAACCACACUCUCCCCAAGGUCGAGGGCCUGGUCCAGGGAUUCCUCGUCCCAUUGGAAUCCACCAUAUCAGGUUCCCUCAUCACUCCCCAGAGUCCCUUCCGCGUUAGAAUCCGCACCAGCCUUGUCACCCCGCCAUUUGGGACCAACUACGAUAUCUCCAUGACCAUGCCGCAGCACCCUGGUAUUCAACCACCAGCCCGCGUGGGUCUACGGAACGAAGCAGCGGCCAUCCUCACCCAUUUCAUGAUGCUAGAUGUCGUGUCAGCCGUCUCAUCCUACCGUCCUCAACCCGCGGCGGAUGGGCAUUUGACAUGGCAAGCUGCGUAUCCGCACCAUGGAGAGUUGCUGACUGUGUCGCCUACCACCGGCGAACAUAAGAAGAAGAUGAAAGUGACCCUAGCACGGGGCGAGAUGACGCUCCAUGUAUCGCAUGUCCGUGCAGCAGAUGGAACCAGCACGUGCUCGCAGACCUGGAAAGCUGACCCGAUAGCGCCUCAACAGCCCGGCUUGAUGGAGUUUGUCGCCGAUGUGUCCAAAGAGUGA